ACGUUCAGUUCGGAAGGCAGAGUGAGCAUUCUGGAGGAACAACGACAGCUAUGCGCUCUUUCAGUUGUCAGACACGCUGUGCGAGGGUGAAACUAUUUUACUAACUUUUAUUUACUAAAAACGAACCCAAAAAAAUCCUCUAAAUGAUGCGUUUCCUGCUCCUCUUCAGUCGCCAGGGCAAGCUCCGCCUCCAGAAGUGGUUCACGCCCAUCCCCGAGCGAGAGAAGAAGAAGAUCAUCAGGGAAAUGACCACCAUGGUGUUGGCACGGAAACCACGCUCCUGCAACUUCCUGCACUGGAAAGACCUGAAGAUCGUCUACAAGAAGUAUGCCAGUCUGUAUUUCUGCUGUGGUUUGGAUGCUGAGGAGAAUGAGCUUCUAGCCUUGGAGGUGCUGCAUCGCUAUGUGGAGCUGCUGGACAAGUACUUUGGCAACGUGUGUGAGCUGGACAUCAUCUUUAACUUUGAAAAGGCCUACUUCAUCCUGGAUGAGUUUCUGUUAGGGGGAGAGGUACAGGAGACGUCCAAACUAGUGGUGUCCCGCUCCAUCGAGGCCUCGGACAUGCUACAGGAGACCAUGGAGGAGUACAUGAGCAAGCCUGCAUUCUAACACUGGGAAAAUGGAUCUACACACACAAGAAGGAAUCUGGACAAUUCCAGAACUGGAAGUCUUCCUACUGUAGAGAAUCCAUGGAGUUAUGAGUUCUAUAAUUAUAUGUAUAUGGCUGAAUCUGUCUCCUGAGGCAGGCAGGGUGUUUUUUAUAUAGGGAAGUGCAGUGAAAUGUAUCUUGUUCUGUAAAUAGGACAUUAUCAUGGUGACCAGUAAUAAAUAAUGCUUCAUUUUCCUCUAUUAGGUCUAAACUGGAAAGAUAUGGAAGAGACUCAUUGAUUGAGCUAUUAUCAAAUGUAUAUUGAUAUGGUCACCCAUCCCUCUGGAUCAUUGAUGUACAUUGAAGUUACUGAAAACUGUGGUUAUCACCAACAAGUGCUUUAUAAUCAAUACUCAUAGAUUUUUUUUAAUGACAUAUAUGUACGCUAUAUUGACAUUUUAAGAAGCGCCUUUUUAGAAUAUGUAUUUGAAGUUGUGUUUUAAAUGUAUCUUAUAGACUAGCCUUUUCUGUGUAACUUGGUGUAGGACUACAUCUUUUUGGAAAGGGAAUGAUUAUUUAUGAGGGUGAAUGUCACUGUUUGUUUUUUAUAUAACUAAUUAUGGAUCUUGAAUGUUGAAGACGGAAUUAAAAGUUGUUUUUUGAUAAAGAAGGCUCUGAUUUAUAUUUCUGUUGUAGGCUAGACUAUUUGAUGUUCUUCAUUUUUUUUGACGUUUUAUAUGCGUGAGCUGUCCAUGGUCCUGAAGUUUUGAAAAACAAACUAGAUAAACAUUGAUAAAACAAGCAAAUUUAUCUGUAGAAUUGUUAAUUUAUAGGCAAACACUGACACUUUACUUUCUUUAUAAUCUUACCUCGAGUUGGUGUUGAUUCCACCUCGGAAUUGUCCUUUCAACCUUAUUCAGGUCCAAGCUUGCUCAAGAGGGAUGUGAAAAAUAAACUUCUCGCACUUUCAUUCUGUAUUCAAGCUUCAAUCAGAAGGCAUAUCUAAUCAUCAAUACCUAAUCAUCACUGUCAAUCAAUGUUUGAUCAUUCAGGAGGUAUUUCUA